CAACAGAUAAUCCCAGACAUACAAACUCCCUAUCCUUGGAGGGGGGCAGCACAGAUACAGAGGCAAGCUUGGGUCAAACAGAUGGAUUUAAAUGAAGCAGAUCCUCAGCAAGCAAAUCCCUCAUCUGCUUCAUUACUGGGACUGAGCACAGCAUUUAAAUAAUAUUAAAAAAAAAGUAUACUAAAAAGGCCAUGGAAAUGAUGAAUGGUUAUCUGUGAAACUGAUACACAUUUUUUUUUCUGCAGACAGAUAAGUUCAGGAAGAGAUGUAAUAACUUUACAUCUGGAAAGGCACUGGAAAUGCUCAGCAACAUCAAUUUGGCAACAGAGGGUUAAGCAACACCUCCCACAUGCAAAAAUCAAGACUCUCCUUGUGUGGCAGGAGAACAGAAAGCAACUAACAUUGAAAACACACACAUAGUCUAAUAUCUAGUGUGGAGUGUAUCAUUUCUUACUGGUAAAGGAAAGACCAUCGCCAAUUAAACCACUGGUAUCAGAGCUUUAUACCCAGCUGUUUCUGUGAGGAAUGUAUGAGGCAGAUUCCCUUUACAAAUGGCUAAGAGUCGGGGAACAUCUUGCAGAGAAGAAAAAAACAGAUGCUAAAUGAUUGGCCUUGGGAUGAACACAGCAGGGAAAGGUGCCAAGUGAAAGGGACAUGUCGGUGUCUGCGCUGGCAUCACUCCGGCUAUCCGGUGUGCCCCCUGGAUCUAUUCCCUGGCACAAGAUGCCAGAGCUCAACCCUUCCUAUCCCACGGGUGUUAUGAACAGCACUAGAGUGGAUGCAAUGCCUGAAAAGUGCUGGCUGGCACUGCUAACCCUUAUGUUCAUUGUCCCCACCAUUGGGGGUAACAUCCUAGUAAUUUUGGCCAUAUCUCUUGAGAAGAAGCUACAGAAUGCCACAAACUACUUCCUUAUGUCCUUGGCAGUGGCCGACUUGCUGGUUGGAAUAUUUGUUAUGCCCAUCGCCCUCCUCACCAUCCUCUUUAGAUCUGUUUGGCCGCUCCCACACUGCCUGUGCGCCAUCUGGUUAUUCUUGGAUGUUCUGUUUUCUACCGCAUCUAUCAUGCACCUGUGCGCCAUCUCUCUAGACCGCUACAUUGCCAUAAAGAAACCUAUACAAGCCAGCCAGUUCAACUCAAGAGCCAAAACUCUCAUUAAGAUUGCUGUGGUGUGGUUAAUAUCCGCAGGCAUCGCUGUUCCCAUACCAAUUCAAGGCCUACUUGACCCAAAAACUACUUUCAACACAAACAACACCUGCCUGGUUCGGCCUGAAUAUUUCAAGUACUUCAUUAUUUAUGGGUCUAUGGCUGCAUUUUUUAUUCCAUUUGGAAUCAUGGUGGUCAUUUAUUUCCUGACCAUUCACCUACUAAGAAAAAAAGCCUAUUUAAUAAAGAACAAACCUCCACAACGCUUUAAUUGGUCCACAGUCUCUACAGUUUUUCAAAGAGACAUGACCCCUGGCUCUUCCCCAGAGAAGGUGGCCAUGUUGGAGGGGUCAAGGAAAGAAAGAGCAUUGCCAAUUGCUAGCGAGGAACUGCCCAUCCGGCGGUUAUCCAGUGUGGGCAAGAAGUCCAUGCAGACUAUUACAAAUGAACAACGUGCUUCUAAAGUUCUGGGCAUAGUCUUUUUCCUUUUUGUCUUCAUGUGGUGCCCAUUUUUUAUUACAAACGUGACCUCUGUUUUGUGUGAGAAAUGUGAUCCUGAAGUCAUCAAGAUGCUAAUGGAGAUUUUUGUGUGGGUCGGGUAUGUUUCCUCUGGGGUUAACCCUCUAGUUUACACUCUUUUUAAUAAAACAUUCAGAGAUGCUUUUGGCCGCUAUAUCACCUGUAAUUUCCGAGGAAUAGGGUCAGUAAAGCUCUUGAGAAACUGUUCCAGCCGCAUCUCAUUUCGGAAUUCUAUGGCGGAGAAUUCAAAGUUGAUCAUGAAACAUGGUAUGAGGAAUGGGAUUAACCCUGUAAUGUAUCAAAGCCCGCUGAGGUUGCGAAAUGCUCCACUUGAAUCUUCUGCUAUUUUACUAGACACAUUACUGCUUACAGAAAAUGAAGCAGGAAAGACAGAGGAGCAAGUGAGCUAUGUGUAAGCCUGCCACAGGCUCAGAGACUAGAAGAAGGAUCAAAACUAAAAAAGUCAGAAACUGGGGUAAAUACCAUUUCAUACAUUAUUUAUAGAAAACAAUAUUGCAAAGACUACAAAAGAGGGUUAAUAUAUAAAGCAAAAUAAAAAGCCCUUCCUAGAACACUGACCUUACUCUGCAGUAUGUUGGAUAUGUUGCAGAUUACAAUAGUCAGGAGUAUUAUCUAGCAUGGUGGAGUUACCAUUAUCUGGAAAAGCUUUAGAGAGACUCUUGUCCGGCCUUCUGUACAUUAACAGGAUUACAGGGUUACAAUGUUAUGUCGCAAAAUAUGCUGCAAAUGGACAAUGACUGAAAACAGAUGCGGGAGCAAAGGUAACACAUGCGCAAUAACCCUGAGCUGAUGUGUCACCUGUGACAAUGUAUUACACCGGUUGCACAAUGGAUUGGCUAACAUUAAUAUAGAACUUUCAAUCUCCUGUUGCCGCUUCUAGACUCACUAGAGGAUACUAAAACAGUAAUGGGAGUUCCAUGGAUCUAUAAGGUUGAACAUCCUACACUUUCUGUCCAUAGGCACACUGCUCUCAUAUAAAGUGUGGCGGAAGGAGAUCAUACUCAGAUUGUUGUGCUUAUUGAUUCUCUGUAAACACAUUCAGUCAUUAAAUCAGGUUUUACAAGAAAA